ACAAGAAAAAGAAAAAGGUUACGGGAGUUGUAAGUCCUUGUGAGCAUUUUUUGGAGGGUUUGGUCUCCUAAAGAGUGCUAUUGUUCUCAGUGGUUUCGUAAAUACUCGGAAACCAACGUAUUUAAUUCUGUCUUCCAAACGAUAUCGUUCAUACCCAAACGUGCACAAAGGGAAUAACGUUUAUAAAAAGGGAUUUGACGAAAAAGAGGUGUUCAACGUAUAAACUAUUAAAUCUUAUGUCUACAUGUUUUGUAUUUGUAUUAAAAAAUGAGUGCACCAAAACUGUCGUUGGAACAACUUACGAAAAGAAGAUUCAAACUUCGUGAUGUCUUUAACAAGGUUGGUUCCAAGGUCUCUCCAUUCUAUUCUCCAUCUUUGGCGAUACGGUCUCCUCCAAAACCGAGAGAUGUCUCAAUAGCUGCACUACUUGCUGCUCAGGCUCAUUUAGGACAUGCCACCUCGUUAUGGAAUCCCAUGAAUCAACCAUUUAUCUAUGGUAUUAGGAACGGCAUACACAUAAUAUCUCUCGAUAAAACACUUGUUUUUCUUCGCCGUGCAAUUAAUGUGAUACAAGAAGUUGCCCGGACAAAGGGUAUUAUUCUGUUUGUAGGGACGAAGCCGGGACAGAAGUUAUCGGUCAUGGCGGCUGCAAAACGAUGCAAUGGCUAUUUUAUAUUCAAUCGGUGGGUUCCUGGUCUGCUUACCAAUGCCAAAACUGUACAGCCAACCUUAGGAGGAAGCUUAAAAACGGUCGAUCAAGACGGAAAAGAAGUAAGAGCACCAACGCCAUCUUUUCUUUAUCCGGACUUAAUUGUAAUCCUGAAUCCUCUCGAAAAUAUUAACGUGUGCAAAGAAGCACAACGUGUUAGUGUGCCGACAAUCGGAAUUGUCGACACAAACGUUGACCCAAGAUUGGUCACAUAUCCUAUUCCCGCUAACGACGAUUCCCUACGGUGCUCAGAUUUAAUUGUCGGGCUACUCAGUCAAGCAGCCUGUGAAGGCAUGGAUUAAUCAAAAACAUCUUACUCCGUCUCUAAUGAACUUUCAAAAUAGGCCAUUAAAAAAAUAGGCAUCUCAUUAACAUAAUUCGUAAAUGGCAUUCGUUGACUUUGACUACAGUUUAACGCAUGUUUCAUGAAAGAGACUGCAUUCUGUUUUCAAACAUUUCUCUCAAAAGCUCUGGCGUCAUGAUCAUUCUCCGAUUUGCAUUAGAUCCUCGCUCAGAAACGGCAAGAGUAUGGUUUUCUGUCUCCUUUGUUCCGAUUACAAUUUCAUAGUUGUAGUCUAGUUUUCUUGCUUCGUUUAAUCGUCUGCCUAAAGGUGCAGCAUUGCAAUCGAGAUCAACGUGAAACACGAAAGUGUUCAAAGGAAGAAGACCCGCCUGAAAACUCCGGUUGUUCAAACUUAAUGUCUUCUGAACUUCUUUGGCAUAUGCCAUGACAUCUUGAUUUUGAUUGAGAGUGAGAAUAAUCGCAUGUCGUGGGCUAAUCCAGAAAGGCCAUUUGCCAUUAAGAUGUUCAAUUAGAAUUCCAAGAAAUCGUUCCAAAGAACCCAAAACAGCACGGUGUAUUAGAACGGGACAUUCAUAUUGCUGCAGCAAACGAUUAUCACCAUGUUCUGUCCGAAACCGGAGUUGAAACCGUUUUGGCAAUUGAAAAUCCAGCUGGAUAGUCGCUGUUUGUUGGCUUCGCCCGUAUGUGUCGCGCACAUGAACAUCAAUUUUCGGCCCGUAAAAAGCACCAUCACCUACCUUUCUCUUCCAGUUCAUGCCACUUUCAGUUAAAACUUUUUCUAAGAUGCGUUCGGCAUGAUCCCAUUGAUCUGCUUCACCAAUAUAGUCGGUAGGUCUAGUCGAUAGGUGAAAUGUUAAGUCAUUCAUAUGGAAAAGUGCAUAGAACUUUUUAAUGAACAGCAAGUCCUUUUGAAUUUCCGCAUAAACUUGAUCACGACGACAAAAAAUAUGACCAUCGUCUUGAUGAAAAGAACGCAAUCGGGUCAGGCCAGACAGUGCACCUGAAGCUUCAUAGCGAUGAAGAGUACUGAAGUCGGCAAACCGGAGUGGGAGUUCUUUGUAGGAACGCUCCUCUUCUGCAAAGAGUAGACAGUGAGCCGGACAGUUCAUGGGCUUUAGUCCAAAUGACGAAGAGUCUUUCUGAUCUUCAGAAUUGUGUUCGCUUGUAACAAAAAACAUAUUUUCUUUGUACUUUGAAAGAUGACCGCUCCGUUUCCAAAGUUCAGGCUUGUAAAUUAACGGUGUUAUAACUUCUUUAAAACCAAGAACUUCAUAUUGUGUUCUCAAAAAGUUAGUGAUACUAUUAAUAAUUCGAGUACCAUGAGGAAGAAAAUAAAUGGAUCCAGGACUUAAAUGGUUUAUUGUGAAUAAUUUUUGUCUUGCAGCAAUUGAACGAUGAUCUUCAAAUUUUAUUUUUUCAGCAGAAUUAGUCCAUUUAGUAGCGGCAGCUAUUCUUGAUGAAAACCGAGCUAUGAAUAAGUGGUUUCGGGGUGAAAGUAAGCAUGCUGAAAGCAUACUUCUCCUUUUUUUUCUGAAGGAUGAGGAGACCGAUGACAGUUAGUACUUCGUUAGAAAUUGGAUAAUUACAACCAUUAAGAUAAUGAAUGAUUUUAAAAGGAUUAUAUCAAAAAAAUAAAAAUAAUAAAAAAAAAAACAACAAAACGCUCCGACUAUCAAAGUGGUAGCAAAACAAAAGUAAAACUAAACAGCGAAAUAAAUUGCAAAUUAAGCUUCAUCGUAAAUACGAAUCAACUCGUGGAAGAAGUUAAUUGAGUCCAUAUGACCGUCAUAAGGAAUGUAUUCGUUAACGGUGUGAGCAUUGCCGAGCUUACGACCCAUAUCACGGUUUACAGGUGUCCAGCGGAAGAUGUUCUCACUGACAUUCCAGUAGUGACGGGUGUCGGUGUUUGCAGGCAUCAAGGUAGGAACAACGAUACUUUCAUUGCCGAAGGUGUGUUUAAUGGCAGCUCCCAAAGUGUGGAAAGCCUUCGCAUCGGGACCGUAAGGAGAAAUAGGUGCUGGCUCUAAAGGCUUGAUCAUAGACGCCGAGAGGUAGCCAAGAGGCUUCUUCGGUUCGUGCAAGGUUUCGUUAAAAAGAUCAAGAAUAAGGUGAUGGUGUUUGGCGAAAGUGACAAGCGUUCUCUUAUAGAACUUCUUUACAUCAGCAAUUGAGUUGCCAUGGGCAAUGCGAUGGUUGACCAGAGCAACGGUCUGCUCAGGCAAGGCGUUUGCCUUGACACCACCCUUUAUGACAUCGACAGCCUUCGAAGUCGUAAAGAAGUAGCGGAACAUGGCUGAGCGAGAAAGUACCCGGCUGAGACGAUGCACAUCGCCCUUCUUGAUCAAAUGACGCAGCUUCGGGUGCAUCUUGGGACUGUACUUGGCAAAGCAUUGAAGAGAAGCGAAGAAAGGACUCUCUUUAAUGAGGUUGGGAUGGAAUUGGCCUUGUUCAAGGAUAAGUUCACUCAUAAGCUCAAUGUUUGUCCGUGCAGGAGGGACUGAGGAGUGACCGCCAGCAGUCUUCAACGAAAGCUCAACAUCGACAUAACCCUUUUCGGAGACGGAAACGGCAACAUAGCGUUUGCCAAAGAAAUCAAGCAUAAAUCCGCCUUCAUCGAGAAUGAGCUCAACUCCGUUAGGGCCAUAGCGUGAAUACAAGCGAUCAGCUAAAUACUUGGCACUAUAAAAGCCCGAAAUCUCCUCGUCAAAACCGAUAGAAGCAAUGACAGUGCGCUUCGGCGUCCAGUUCGACUUUGCCAACAACUCGAAAGUUUCAAAGAUGGCAACCAGCGAACUUUUGUCGUCCACGGCACCGCGUGCAUAGACAUUUCCGUCGUGGUAAGUAGCAUUGAAUGGAGGAUAGAGCCAAAGAUUCAGUGAGCUUUCUGCUACGGGCACGACGUCCUGGUGGGCCAUGAAAACAAUAGGCUUGAGAGACGAAUCGCUGCCCUCCCAGGUGAAAAGGAAGCCGUGUCCGGCAACACGUUCGAAUUUAAUAUGACCAAAUGUAGUAGGGAAAAGCGAACGCAGCUUCUCUUCCAAGACACUAAAGAUUUUCCAACGAGGAUCCUCAUCCACAGGGCCCAUAUCGUCGUAAGAAACCGAGGGAACAUUUAAGACCUGCUUAAACCGUUCAAGGGAAUCAUUACGAAAAGAGUCGCUGGCUAUAAUAUCCAACGUGGAAACAUUACCGAUAAAAGCCUCUCUCUUAGGAUUACGAGCAAUUGGUUGCAUACAAACAUCGUCGUAUCCACGGGAUCUUUCAACGUACUCGUUGUCUUCAGGAACAUCUAAUUCAUCCAAAAAGUCUGAAGUUUCUUUUUCCAACUCGAAUAAAGGGUUACGGUGAUGUCCGUCAAGACCAUUAUCCUCUACAGAAGCCACAUCCGUUUGAUUAUUUGAAAAAUCAUAGUGACUAGUGAUGAACAAAAAAACGCCAACGACAGCUGAGAAUAUCCAACGAUAUAUUCGAGGCUUUCGAAAUUUCCGUUCAGGUUGGCCUACAACAG